ACAGACUUGCCUGUUCGAUUGGCAAAUGCUCCUGAUGGAUUGCCUUUCCAAGAACUUGGUGAGUUGAUGCCUCACUUAAGGAUGAAUUCUGGUUCAGCCUCCGGUGUUAGUGCAGUUACAAGAAUGCAGAUACCUGAUCAUUUUCAAGGGAGCUUGGAAGAGACUAUCUUCCGCUUCUGCUCCAAACUUAAAGGGGUCUGCCAUUGGACGUGAGCAUCAGCAGUUUUUGUCUGCUUUUGAGACUUCUGGUACUAAUUUCAGUUAAGAGGGCCUUCUCGAAGUUAUCAUUCCGAGCUUCAGUUUUCUGAAGAUCAAAAGCUCCAUAAAUUUGCUGCUGCUCAUGCAGAUGAAAUUCUUUUUCCUGGAAGGCCUGGAAGUGCUGGUGCUGAGCCUUUGAAAGUUUCUGGUGAAAUUCAAGAUCCUUUUAGUAGCAAUCCUGCAAGCCAUCUGCCUAUUUCAAAUGAAUUUUCAAAAACCAAUGUGCCUUCUCAUCGUGGUGACGAGUUACCUCCAGAUGCUCGGUCUGAUGAUUACAGAAGAAAUUCUGUGUUUAAUCCUAACAUUCAUCUAGGCAGCCCCUUAUCUCACAGUGAACAAGAACACAACGGUUUUGGACCUGGUACAUCACUUAAUGUCACAAAAGUUGCCCGGUGAAUCACAUCAACUGGAUUUGGUGCGAACAAAUCCAUAGUUUCAAUCUGAUGCAAAGCAAUAAUCUCAAUCAUCAGCAGUCAUUCCAUCUUUCAGUUCAGCAUAUGGAACAUCUUUUGGAACUUCAAUUUGAACAGCAGCGGCAGUUGGAACUUCAGCAACAGCAGCGGCAGUUGGAACUUCAGCAACAACAGCGGAAGUUGGAGCUUCAGCGACGGCAGCAGCAGCAGUUGGAGCUUCAGCGGCGGCAGCAGCAGCAGUUGAGCUUCAGCGGCAGCAGUUGCUGCUGGAACGUAUGCGGGAGCAGCAGCAGCAUAACCAUCAAAUUCAAUUGUUGCAGCAAUUGCAACAGCAACAUCUAGCAGCAGCCAUCUCAAGCUCAGGAGUUGCUACUUGAUCAAUUGCUGCAGCAUCAGGUUUCUGAUCCUGUUGAUGGCCAGCACAUAUUUGAUGUUGCUAGAGAGAACCUGCUUGAUCAGGUUCAGUUAAAAAGACAUCUUCUGAGUGAGUUGCAGCAGAAUUCUCAUGCUUCAAGGUAUUUGGAUCCAUCACUGGAGCCGAUUAUCCAAGCAAAGAUAAACCAGAGUGCAAUCCAAGGGCAGCAGGCUGAUAUUUUGGAUUUCAUGUUACAAGCGAAGUAUGGCAAUAUGCUUCCUUCAGAGCAUCAGCUUCGUCUUCAACAUGAGCAGUUUCAAGCUGAGCAAUUAUCUAGGGCACUGAAUCAACAAUUAACUAUGGAGGGGGAUAGACAACAUGCUGGUUCUUGGUCUGUAGAUGAAGUUGAUCAGUUUAUCAGGAAUCCUAGCAUUCAUCCCCAGGCUCAAACAGCGGGGUUGAAUGGUUCAGAUCUUCACCAAAAGAGGUUUUCAUCUUCUGAAGAGCAGUUCAGCAAUCUUAAAAUGAAUCGUGCUUUGCAGGAGCAACAGCAGCGAGGGGCUUUUGACCCCAGUGCUACAGCAUUUGCCAGUUCGACUCUUUCUGCACCUUCUCCUGGGAUGAAAGUUGACAAUGUAAAUUCUCUAGAUCUAUCUGGACAUCUCUAUAUGCACUCUAACAACCAACUAGGUCCAUUUUCUUCUGGUAAUCACUCUCUUGACAGACAAGUUUCGAGUGAUGUGUACGCUUCUCAUCCAGAUUUAAUAGAGAGCUACCAUUCUAGGCAAAAUGGUCUGCUAGAGAAUAGUUUGGGCGGAAAAACAAAUGCAACAAUCAAGACUUGAAGCAGAUCUGCAAAGAAGGGAGUCUGAAGUUGAUUCAAAAACAUGACACCAGCUGGAGGGAUUCAUGAAAACUCUAAGAAAGCUUUAAUGGACCUUCACCAAAAACUUGGUAUUCAAUCUGCACAGUCAUCAGAAGUAGAUUAUCAAUAUUCUACGUCGUCGCCGAAUCUACCUUUAAUCAUUUCACAGAGCAGGAAGUUCACGGUUCAUUUUCAGAAGGCCCUCGAAGUUCUGUCUCAUUUGCAGAAGAACAGUCGUUUAUGUUGGACUAUGGAGAUCCAUUUUGUAGUAGUUAUGCAGGUCCUAGGUUGAUGGCAAAAUCCACUGUGGACAAGAAUAGUUGAAAUGGAGGGUACGGAUAAGAGAAGUGGAUUGAAAGACAUGAUUUCUAGAGUGGUUCCGUGUCAGGGUCUGAGGACUUGGAGCAAGUAGAGGCAUCUUUGAACUAUGGCGAUCUACAAGGUCGAACCCAUGUCCGGCAUGGUUCUUUAGUGAUAAAGCUUCACAGGUUUCAUCAUCCCAGAGACUUUCUCCGAACAAAGCACAGUGCUUAUGAAACAGAAAAGCCUUGCAACUUCUGAAGUAAGACAGGAAGGCAUGUCGAUGUAUGCAGGUGCAAAGGGGAACACAAAAUCUCAGGCAUCAGGCAAUGAUGCGGGUAUGAGAAGGACCUCGUCUUCCAAUGAUGCUGCAGUGUCUGAGGCAUCGUCAUUCAUAGAUAUUCUCAAGACCGGCUCAUCUUCACGGAACCGAAGCAGCAGGGUACGGCUCUGCUUUUGAGCCGUCAUCCGAUGCUCCUGCUUCGCAAGUUCCCCGAUCUGGCAAGAAAAAAGGGAAGAAGGGAAAACAGAUCGAUCCGGCCUUGCUCGGUUUCAAGGUUACAAGCAAUCGCAUAUUGAUGGGUGAGAUCCAUCGCCCUGACGAUUAAUUUUUCUCAUGUGCUUGUACCAGAUCAUGCCGUACAUCCAUGUAAAAAAAACCAUUUCUUUUUCCUUUAGAUAAAAUUCACUUUUGUACAGAGUAUAUUUGAGUUGCAUAGUUAAUUUAUUGAUUUUCCCCCCUUAAA